AUGGCAGGGGGCCGCCAGGGGGCGCCCGCGUGGGCCGGGCACAGGAGCGCCUUCACCUACCCGCACGGAGGCCUCGGCGGGCAGCCCGUGGGGGGCGCCAUCCUGGGGACAGUCACCAGGAGCGCCCCGGCGGAAGGAGCUGGGCGGCGCAGUCGCUGCUCUCGCGGGAUGGAGCCCUGGACGUCUGCCCGGUGCCGUGUCCACGCCCUUCUGCUUUUGUUGCUGCUGCUCCUGCUGCUGCUGCAGAGACCCCCAGGAUGCUCGGGCACGGGCGAUGCCUCAGGGACAGUGUCUGUGGCUGCUGCCCAGCACGACCCCUGCGGGCCCCGACCUCCCCGGCAGGCCCCGAUCUCCCCAGCCGUGCCUGUGACUCCGAUUCAGGGAGUACCCUCCUGCGGCUUCUCUAAGGAGCGGGACCCCACCCUCAGAGACCCGGAGGCCAUGGCUCGGCGCUGGCCGUGGAUGGUCAGUGUGCGAGCCAAUGGCAUACACAUUUGUGCCGGUAUCCUCAUUUCCUACCGGUGGGUGCUGACCGUGGCCCACUGCCUGACUGAGAGCAACGUUCACUACACAGUCAAGAUGGGGAGCCCAUGGUUGGACCGGGAGGCGAACUCUACCUCCGAAGUCUCAGUGCUCCAAGUCAUCGUGAAUAGUAGGUUCCGAGCCCAGCGUUACUGGUCCUGGAUCGGCCGCGCCAAUGACAUUGGCCUCCUCGAGCUGCAGCAGGUGUCCCGGUACAGCAAGUACAUCUGGCCUAUCUGCCUGCCCGGCCCGGACUUCACGGUGAAGGAGCAGACCGUGUGCACCGUGACGGGCUGGGGGCUCUCCAAGGCUGACGGCACGUGGCCCCAGUUCCGGACCAUUCAGGAGAAGGAGGUCACUGUCCUGAGCACCAAGGACUGUGACAGCUUCUACCACAAGUUCUCCAGGACGCCCAAACUGGUUCGGAUCGUCAACCCCCAGAUGCUGUGUGCAGAGGACACCAGCAGGGAGGAGUUCUGCUACGAAGAAACUGGAGAGCCCUUGGUCUGCCUUUCGGGGGGUGCGUGGUACCUGCUGGGGAUGGCGAGCUGGGGUGCAGGCUGUGAGAAGAGACAGGCCCCGCCCAUCUACAUGCACGUCUCCUCAUACCACCAGUGGAUCUGGGACACCCUCAACAACCUGCAGCCCCGGGGCCCGCCAGCCCCCUCCAGGGCCCUGCUCCUGGCCCUGGUGCUGCCCCUCGGCCUCCUCACUGCUGUGUGA